AUGUCUCAAAUUAUUCACUAUCCACUCCUAAAUUCUUCUUCCCCAUCUUGUUCUUCAUCAUCGUUACGGUCCCCUUUCACCUCCACCCCAUUCUCGAGCCGGUUGCCUGUUAGCACCAAACGCCUUGCACAAUCAGAAGACUCCGUGCACUUUCAGUACCAACCUGCAAUUUGGGAUAACCAUUUUGUUGAAUCAGUACCAAAGACUAAUUACAUGGCGAUCAUUCACAAAACAGAUACGGAAUUACCCGUGAAGAACAUAAAACAACAAGUGAAGGGUUUGCUUAAGAAUGCAGUAAAACCACUGGAGAAGCUUGAGUUGAUCGAUGCGAUUCAAAGACUCGGAAUGAGUUACUUUAUAGAGGAAGAGAUUCUCAAAAUCCUAGAGGACAUGUACCAUGACCGUGACGAUGCACAGAAGAUGAAAGAUAACUUAUAUGCAACUUCUCUCAGAUUUAGGCUUUUUAGGCAUGGGUUUGCUUUGUCGUUUCUUUUAGCUAAUAACAAGUUUAUCUUGCGUGUGGUAGAUGUUUUUGACGAAUUCAGACACGCGGAAGGUGGGUUCAAGGAAACUAUUGUUUACGAUAUAAAGGGAAUGCUGAGUUUAUUUGAAGCGGCACAUCUGCUUAUGAAAGGGGAAAGCAUCUUAAGUGAAGCCAUACUCCUCACAAGAAAAUAUCUAUCGGAAAAUGGAAGCAACAAAAGUAAAAACAUUAACAUUAACCUUGAUAAACAAGUUCGUCGAUCUUUAGAGACACCAUUUCACUGGAGGGUUCCAAGAUCGGAAACUAGGUUUUACAUUGAAGCAUAUGAGUCUCAAAAUGAUAUGAAUCCUCCUCUUCUUGAAUUGGCUAAAGUAAAUUUUAACAUGGUUCAGGCUCAACACAAGAUGGAACUCAUGCAUGUAUUAAGAUGGUGGAAUGAUAUGGGGAUUGCAAAGGAAUUGUAUUUUGCAAGAGAUCGAUUGGUUGAGUGCUUCUUAUCAAAUAUUGGGGCUUGUUGGGAGCCACGACAAGGACGUUGUAGAGAAUGGGUCACCAAAAUUAUGAGCUUUGCUCUAGUAAUCGAUGACAUCUAUGAUUCUCAUGGAUCUUUAGAAGAACUAGAACUAUUUACCGUUGCUAUUGACAGGUGGGAUUCCAAAGCCGUGGAGAACCUGCCAUAUUACAUGAAGAUAUGUUUCUUAGCCCUCUUCAACACCGUGAAUGAAAUGGCUUUCGAGAUACUCAGUGAACAACAAUUUGACAUCUUACCGCACUUAACCAAAUCGAAGCAAAAUGGUGCCAUAAUGAGUAUGUCCCAACUUUUAUGGAAUAUCAGCAUAAUGGGUCGGUGUCAUCUGUUGGAUAUGUCUUUCUAA